GUGUAAGCUGUACAUACUGUCAGCUGAUUGUCUCAGGGAUUAUAUGGUAACCGACGCCGCACUGAAUCAAUCACACUGUCAAGUUUUGUUACGAGUAAAGUGUCAAGUGUCAGUGCGUAAUUUUGUGCGUUUAUUCAUUCUGAUAAUUCUCAGUGUGUUAAUAUUUUUAAUUAAUCGAAAAUCAGUAAAUAACCAAUCAUGAACGGAUCGGAGGACGAGGGAGUGAACCGUAAACAAGUACCAAAAUACGGUUUUAAGGUACGAUUGGAUCACAAAUAUCCCGAGAAAUGGAGUCAGAAUUUGAAACCGAAAUUUAACCAAUUGCUGCCAUUAAUUCCUAUGGGAAUUCGAUAUUUUUUUUACUAUGCACAAAUACGCUGGAAAGGCCGUUUGCCGAUCAUGGACUACAUAAACCUGCAGCAUGGCCAACAAAUUUAUGGAGCGCCAAUAGGUGGUAUUGGCGGCGGUACCAUUGGUCGAGGGUUUAAGGGCGAAUUUUGUCGAUACUCACUGGUACCGGGUAUUUAUCACUACAACACGGUACAAGCUAAUCAAUUCAUCGUGACCAUACGUGAUACUGAGGGAAACACCAUUUAUCAUCAAGUUCUGUCGCCUUCUCCGAAAUCGAAGUAUUUGUCAGCAUGGAAGUGGGGUUUUGAUGGUAAGAAGGCCAAUUACACGGCUCUUUAUCCAAGAUCAUGGACCGAAUUUGAUAUUGAUGAGCCGAGAGUGAAACUCAUCUGUCGACAAAUAUCGCCGAUCAUUCCUCAUAAUUACAAAGACAGUUCACUACCUUGUGCAGUCUUUGUGUGGGAAAUAAUUAAUACCUCUGGCCAAGAUUUGGAUGUCAGUGUGACGUUUACAUUCCAGAGUGGAGUUGGGGGCAAGACAAUGUUAGGUGAAAAAUGGAACGAGUGUUUCGAAUACAAAAGUACCUCCGGUGUGAUGAUACACCAGAAAUUGGAGGAAAUGCCAUGCACGUACGCAAUAGGUUCAAGAGCAAGAGAAAACGUUGACAUUUCGAGGACUCUGAAAUUUGAUCCACUAGGCGAUGGAAUGGAGUUUUGGAAGUCACUCGAAUGGACUGGUAAACUUGAUGCUGAGCCAAGGAGGCAAUCCCCAAAGACAUUAAAGGAUAUUGCUUGUGGAGUUUGUGCUUCUACUCGGGUCAAAGCUGAUGAAACACGGGAGAUUGACUUCACUUUAUCCUGGGACAUGCCAAAGAUACAUUUUGGGGACAAAUCCCGAGAAUAUUUCAGGUUCUACACCAAAUAUUUCAGCUCAUCUGGGGGUACCGUUGCGCCAGAAAUUUGCCACUACGCAUUGAAUAAUUACGAGACAUGGGAAUUAGAAAUUCAUAACUGGCAAAAGAUAAUCUUGAGUGAUAAUGAUUUACCGGAGUGGUACAAGAGUGCUCUAUUCAAUGAACUAUAUUACGUUGCUGAUGGAGGCUCUGUAUGGGUGCAUGUUGAUAAACCUGAUGAUUUAGACGUCCAGGACAUACGGAGAGAAUACGGCCGAUUUGCAUAUCUCGAGGGCCAUGAAUACAGGAUGUAUAAUACUUAUGAUGUACAUUUUUAUGCUGCAUUUGCCUUGGCACAAUUGUGGCCACAUUUGCAGGCUAGCGUACAAUACGAAAUUCGAGAUACUAUUCAAAUGGAAGAUAAUCGUGAAAGAUCGUCACUCUAUUCUGGUUCCAAGCACGUAAGGAAAUUGAAAGGCUUUGUACCACACGAUGUUGGAGAUCCCGAGGGGGAGCCAUUUCAAAUGAUCAAUGCAUAUCCCAUUCACGACGUAUCCGCCUGGAGGGACCUGAAUCCGAAAUUCGUUCUUAGUUGUUACCGAGAUUACUGUCUAUUUGGUGAUAUACAGUAUCUCCAGGACUUUUGGCCGAGUAUCAAAGAGAUUUUGGAUCGCAGUUUAACUUGGGAUAUAGAUAACGAUGGACUCAUAGAAAAUUCAGGCUUUCCUGAUCAAACUUAUGAUACUUGGGUGAUGACGGGAUCUAGUUCAUAUUGCGGUAGCUUGUGGUUAGCAUCUCUGCGGUGCGCUGUUCAAAUAGGAAAACUUGUCGGGGAUAACGAAAGCCAAGCGAAGUACUCCGAAGUAUUGGAAAAGGGCAAACUUGCUUUUCAUGAGAAACUGUGGAAUGGCACUUAUUACAACUUUGAUAGUUGUAAAUCGGAUCAUCGGAAAGCCAUUAUGAGCGAUCAGCUUUGUGGCCAGUGGUAUUUGCGAGCCUGCGGCUUUGACCAUGAUGUUUUCCCGGAGGAGAAUGUGAAUUCAGCUUUACACACGAUAUUUACGAAUAAUGUCAUGAAAUACAAGAAUGGCAAACAAGGUGCAGUGAAUGGUUUCCUCCCAACGGGAUCCAUAGAUUACAUGACAAUCAUGAGCGAGGAGAUGUGGGUUGGUGUUACGUAUGGGCUCGCUGCGUUGAUGAUUCAUCAGGGUAUGGUUGACGAGGGUUUUCGUACUGCCGAAGGGGUAUAUCGGACUGUUUAUGAGAAAAUUGGAAUGGGUUUUGAGACGCCUGAAGCACUGUUCGAGAAUAAUUAUUAUCGGUCCAUUGGUUACAUGAGACCUCUGGCAAUUUGGGCUAUUCAACAUGCCUGGAACCUAAGAAAGAAACUGAAGGAUCAAGAGCGGAAUUGAAUGCACGAUGAUAUCGACUACUCAUAACGUCAAACAUUGAUUCUCACAAUCAGUGAAUGUAAGCAUUCCAAGUCCGAUAAGACAUUCUUAAAUUUAGUCCUCAUUUUGAAUGCAAUGUGGACUUAAUCCGUUUGAGAUUGGGUCCGACCGAUUCUCAGUCGGUCCUCCCUUUGCGUCAAGAGACCAAGGAAAUACAUUAGAGUAAGCGAAAUCGUAAAAAUUCGGUUACUUCUACAUUGGAUUAUAAAAUAACACUUGUACCUAUUGCAUUGAUGAAACUUAGAGGAGAAUGCCGGGAUCCUGAUCUUACUUGACUUUUUGGGAAUGGGUAAUUCCAGAUUACUGCACCAUCAUGCAUUUUCACACGAAAAACGUCGCUUUUAUCGAAUUUUGGUGAAUUUAUCGACAGCAAAUUUCAGUCAAUCACUCAAUAUGGAACCCCUCAAUCUGGUUUUGAUUUGAAAUCUCUCGCAUUCUUAAUUGCUAUCAAUCUAAUUGGCGUAAGGCUUAUUUCUUUACCCAAUGUACAGAUCGGUCCAAUUUUGGGGGAUCAUUUUUUUAUUAGCCGUAACAUAACAUUGUCUUACUGCAAGGUAUUUUUUAAUCAAUGACAUGCUGCUCUCAAUUUAAAUUUCGAGAUAGAAAUUUUGAAUGAAGUAUAAAAUUGUCACAUCAUUUUUCUGUUUGUUUCUGCGCCGUAAAACUACUCGUUAUUUUUGUGGGAUUCGACACUAGUUAGAAGGCUUAAUAAUGUACAACACUCGUUUUAACAUAUUUAUUAUAAUCGACCUAUUCCCAUCGGUUUUAUUUGCUUCUCACCAUGAGAGCUGAAACGUAACUGAGCUCCCGCGACAUCGGUAAACUCAUCUGAUCGACGAGUUCCGAAUUGUAUCGCCUUAUUACGUUGACGCCCAGCUACGAGGAAUGGCUCGAUAUGCGAUAAGUACAUGUCGCGGUACAGAAUUCUGUGGUACGGCCGAGCUCGAAAUCAAUGGAUUAGAAUGUUGUGAAAUUAAUAUAAAAGUGGUUUUCCUACAUUUUUAAAUCUAUUUUUCUCUACGUUUACUCUCACAUGAGUACAAUAAAAUAUUACAACAGCUAUAAAAGUAA